AUGGCUACCCCUAGUGUCCUAGCUUUUGACGCUGAGGGUCGCGCCAUUGACUUUGAGGUCUGGGUCGACGACCUGCAGCUGUUCUUACAGUGCGAUAGAGCAGACGGCCUUUCUCUCUUUGACCUCACUUCUGGCGCCUCUCCUGCCCCUGCUGCUGAUGCUGACCCCACUGUUCGCUCUCAGGACCACUUUCUUGCAGUCUGUCCCACCACCCUCACUGUCGACCUCCUCGAGAAGGCCCUCCUAGUGGUGGAGAAGAGUAUCGUCGCUGUAGGAGCUUCUCGUGGUGACCCUCGCACCCCCAUCUUUGAGGGGUGCUCUCCUUCCCCCCUGCUGCCCUCUGUUGCCUCUGCUGCUGCUGCCGACCUGCUUGGUCUUGAGUCGGUCGGCGCGGCGUCUGCCCCUAGCGGGAGACGACGCUCUAGCAAGGGCAAGGGGGGCAAGGGUGCGGGUGGAGCUGGAGGGGGCGGUGGAGGUGGCGGUAGAGGCGGCGGAGGGAGUGGGGGUGGCGGCGGGAGUGGUGGAGGGGGUGGUGGUGGUGGUGGCAGCGGCGGCGGAGGCGGCGGUGGUGGCGGCAGCGGUGGUGGUGGUGGCAGCGGUGGAGGUGGAGGCGGCGGAGGAGGCGCAGGAGGAGGCGGUGGUGGCGGAGGGGGUGGAGCUGGUCGGGGAGGUACCUCGCAGCGGAGCGGCGCUGGUAGUGGUCAGCGCCAGCAGCAGCAGCAGCGUUCGCGGGACAUCCCUCCGCCCCAUCAGCUCCGUGAGUGGUACACUCGGCGUCAGAGGGGUGGGGGUGCUGGUCCGUGUACCUACGUCCUUCGUUCCGGCGACCGCGCGGGUGAGCAGUGUGAGGGUGCCCACCCUACCCAGCGCUGCUUUGGCCGCCUGACGGACGCUUGGCGUCAGCAGUUCCCCGAGGCUAGUGAGAUUCCCCGCUGGGAUGAGCUUCUUAGGGCUGGUGUAGCGAUCUUUGAUCUUGACUUUGAUGCUAUCCUUGCUGCUAUGUAUGCUGUGACUAUUAGUGAGGAGGGUGACUGUUACCGGUGUUUCCCGCCCGACCCGGGCAUUGGUACUGCUGCGCUAGGUGCUUGUGAGGCUGCUGCUCUAGGUGCCAGUGCGUCCGCGCUCUCAGGUACUGGUGAGACUGCGCUCUCAGGUACUGCGUCGCCUUCGUCCUCCCUCACCUUCACACUUGACUCCGGGGCUUCUCGCUCCUUCUUUCGAGACCGCACCACCCUCAUGCCGCUUGGCUGGCCGGUUGCGGUCUCCCUGGCUGACCCCUCUGGGGGUCCUGUCAUCUCUGUCCACCCGUGUCCGGCUGCCCCCUCGGGCACCCUGUCUGGUCUGUACCUUCCCUCGUUCUCGACGAACUUGGUGAGUGGUGCGGACCUACAGGAUGCGGGGGUUCACCAGUUCACUCCUGCGAGUCAGCGGGUGACCCACUGCACGGACGCACGCACCGGCCGGCACCUGGCCACGUUCUCGCGUCGGCUGGGGUCGAGCCUCUACACCCUGACCACUGCGUCUCCUCCUGUCCCUGCGUCUGGUUUGGUAGCUGCAUCAGGUCAGGUGUUUGCUGCUGCGUCGCGGUCUGGCCCUGAGUCUGCCCCCUGUUCGUGUCGCCUCCUGUCUCACGAGACCCUUCUGUGGCACCACCGUCUUGGCCACCCCUCCUUGCCCCGUCUUUGGGGCAUGGUUUCCCGUGUCCUUGUCUCUGGUCUUCCCCAGUCUCUCCCUCCCCUUCCUUCGGGACCAGGACCUUCCUGUGUCCCCUGUGUCGAGGGGCGCCUCCGGGCUGCUCCUCACUCCUCCCAGUUUCCCCCGACGGAGGCUCCUCUGCAGACACUUCACAUGGACGUGUGGGGCCCAGCCCCCGUCCUCUUCCCCUUGCGCAGCAAGGGUGCUGUCACUGAGGUGCUGAUCGACUGGAUCCGCAAGGCUCGUCUCCAGCUCAGCAGGAGCUUCGGCUCGGACUUUCCUGUUCUGCGUCUGCACUCUGACGGAGGUGGGGAGUUCUCCUCUCGCCUUCUGCGAGACUACUGUCGUGCACGGGGGAUCCGCCAGACCUUUACGCUUCUCGACUCUCCACAGCAAAAUGGGAUUGGUGAGUGCCGCAUUGGCAUGGUCAUGGAUGUCGCUCGUACGUCCAUGAUGCAUGCGGCUGCCCCCCAUUUUCUGUGGCCGUUUGCGGUACGGUACGCGGCGCAUCAGCUCAACCUUCACCCCAGGGUCUCUCGGCCCGCGAUGUCCCCAGCCUUGCUGUGGACGGGGAAGGUCGGCGAUGCGUCUGCGUUCCGUGUCUGGGGAUCUCGGGCGUUUGUUCGCGACUUGUCUACGGACAAGCUGUCCCCUCGUUCUGCUCCCUGUGUCUUCCUUGGCUUCCCCCCUGACGCUCCAGGGUGGAAGUUCUACCACCCCUCCUCUCGUCGUGUUCUGUCCUCCCAGGACGUCACGUUCGACGAGUCAGUCCCCUUCUACCGCCUCUUCCCCUACCGCACUCCUUCCCUCCCCCCGCCGCCGGACUUCCUUGUACCGGUUCCCCCCCCGCUAGACCCCUUUCCCCCUCAGGUUCCUGCCCCCUCAGGUGUGUCCCAGGUAGACGCAGUUGACCCGGUCGAGGUUACUGGUGACUCUGGUGCUGCUGCGGGUGCUGACUCUGAGGGUGCUGGGCCUGGGGGUGCUGAGCCGGGGGGUGCUGUGCCUAGAGCUGCUGAGCUAGGGAGUGCUGAGCCUGGGGGUGCUGAGUCUGGUGCUGCUGAGCCUGGGGGUGCUGAGUCUGGAGCUGCUGCACCUGGGGGUGCUGAGUCUGGAGCUGCUGAGCCUGGGGGUGCUGCGUCUGUUGCUGCUGAGCCUGGGGUUUCUCCUGGUGCUGCGUCUCGGCGGGAGCCCCUCUCUCCCAAGGAGCUGCGCGAGUGGUUUGCUCGCCGCUGGAGGCGUACUGCUGGAGCUGGAGCUUCUUCGAUCGUCAAGGGUGCUGGUGCCGCCGGUCUCGGAGUUGCUGGGCCUGCGGGUCCUACAGGAGCUGGAGCUGCUCGGGGUGUUGGUGCUGAGACUACUGCUGUCUGUCCUGGCGGUGGUUUUGCUGCUGGUGCUGCUGGAGGUCCAACCGUUGGAGGUGUUGGUGGCGCUGGUGCUGCCGCUGAGGGUGCUGGUGCUGUCCCUGCUGCGUCUGGAGCUGCCGCGCGGCCUCGACCGUACUUCGUUCCGCUCCUGCAGCAGGUUCUUGGUCUUUCUCCUCCGGUAGAGUGUCCACAGCCUGUACAGUCACAGUCACUGUUGGAGCCCACCUCCCCACUGCCUUCUCCCUCCCCUUACACUGGUCCUACUGGAGGUCUUGCUGAGCGUCGUGAGCCUGCGUCUCGUGCCGCGUCGCCUGUUCGUGCUGCUCGCGCUAGUGGUCGUGGUUCGCGUCAGCGUCCUCCUCCUGUCCCUGGCACGCACCGGAUGUCUCUGCGUCCGUCCACUGCUCCUCUGCGUGCCCCUUUGCCUUCUCCUCCCGAGUCUUCCCUUUCUGUGCUUACCGACCCAGAGUCGGACUCCCUUUGUGCUGCCAGUCCUACUGUCACGCGUCUGCUUGCUAGUGUCGUCACUGACCCCUCUUUUGAGUCCGCUGCUUCGUUUGCUCUUGUCGCUGAGCUCGUCGACUUUGCUGCUCGCUGUCGUCUAGACUACGCUGCUAGUCUUUGUCUGGCUGCUGCUUCACCUCAUCUCGCGUCUGUACUACUUGCUCCUGAGGGAGACCCGGAUGCACUAGACAUCCCGACUCCGCGCUCUUACGCGGAGGCCGUAGAGGGUCCCUACUCCUCUCAGUGGCAGGCAGCUAUGGAUGCAGAGAUGGCUUCCUGGAAGUCCACAGGCACCUACGUUGACGCGUUUCCCCUUCCUGGGGCGAACAUCGUCAGUGGCAUGUGGAUCUUCAGGGUGAAGCGGCCGCCGGGCUCUCCACCUGUCUUCAAGGCGCGGUACAUGGCUCGUGGCUUCAGUCAGCGGCAGGGAGUUGACUACUUUCAGACCUUCUCUCCCACCCUGAAGAUGACCACUCUUCGGGUGCUGCUGCACAUAGCCGCGCAGCGCGACUACGAGCUUCACUCUCUCGACUUCAGCACUGCGUUCUUGCAGGGUAGCCUGCACGAGGAGAUCUGGCUGCGCCGUCCACCUGGCUUCACUGGGACUUUCCCUCCUGGCACCCAGUGGAGCCUCCGACGGCCAGUCUACUGUCUCCGCCAGGCACCGCGUGAGUGGCACGACACACUGAGGACUACGCUUGCGGCUCUUGGGUUUGCUCCUUCUACUGCUGACCCGUCGCUGUUUCUGCGCACCAACACUUCUCUGCCGCCGUUCUACAUCCUCGUGUACGUCGACGACUUGGUCUUUGCCACAGCGGACACUGCUGGACUCGCCUACGUGAAGUCCGAGCUGCUGAAGAGACACACGUGCACAGACCUGGGUGAACUGCGCAGCUACCUUGGCUUGCAGAUCACUCGGGACAGAGCACGCCGCACCAUUACCUUGACUCAGUCACACAUGGUGCAGCAGGUCCUUCAGCGCUUCGGCUUCACGUACUCCUUGCCUCAGGCCACUCCUCUGCCUACUCGCCACUCGCUCUCAGCUCUGCCUUCGGAUGAGUCCGUAGAGUCGAGUGGCCCGUACCAAGAGCUUGUUGGCUGCUUCAUGUACCUGAUGACCUGCACACGAACUAACCUUGCAUACCCUCUUAGCAUUCUUGCACGCUAUGUUGCUCCUGGGAGACACCGACCAGAGCACAUGGCUGCAGCGAAGAGGGUAUUGCGCUACCUGUGCAGUACGUCGGGCAUGGGGCUAGUGCUUGGAGGGCGGAGUCCAGUGGUCCUUACAGGUCAUGCGGACGCUUCUUGGGCUGACGACCAGGCUACGCAGCGGUCGUCACAGGGUUACACCUUCAGCCUUGGUUCCGGCUCUGUCUCGUGGCGGGCUACUCGCUCGUCGUCGGUUCUCAGCUCCAGUUGUGAGGCUGAGAUCUACGCUGGGGCCAUGGCUGCACAGGAGCUUCGCUGGCUCACCUACCUGCUGACUGACCUUGGAGAGCCGCCUCGUUCUCCCCCAGUGCUGUACGUAGACAACAAGGCCAUGCUGGCCUCGUGUCGAGAGCAGCGUCUGGAGCACAGAACGAAGCACAUUGCUCUUCGCUACUUCCUUGCUCGUGAGCUACAGCAGCGUGGACAGUUGCGGCUUGCGUACGUGGCCUCUGAGGCCAACACUGCUGAUGUGUUCACCAAGGCACUCGCGCCUUGUGACCAUCAGCGCUUCUGCACCCAGCUGGGGCUUGUACCUGUUUUGCCUCACUUGCUCUCCUCUUGA